UUCAAACUACUCGAGAGUCAGCAUUUGUCCCUAUUCUGCUUUCUAACCUAUCAGCUGCAACAUCGAGUAUAACAACUGAGAUACAGAAACAAAACAUAGAAACUGUAGUCUCAAUUUUACAGAUUGCUUCAAAUUUAAUGGAAUCAGUUAAUAACUCAUCCAUGACGAAUGUGCUGACAGCAGUGAAUGUACUCCUGGCUCCGCAGGCCAAGAAUGGCUGGCAAAGUUUAAAUACUUCUGUUAGUACUAUGCUACUAUCUUCAGUGGAAAACUUUGCAAAACUAAUCUCUUUUGACACCCCAAACAUUACUAUAGAAAACCAAUAUGUUGAACUUAGAGGACAAUUUGUGUUCAAUGAGAAUGGAAAUAAAGAUUUUAAUGAAACAUUUUUUGGCACUAAGGGCAAUGUAUUCAUUCCAGAAAAGCAAUUUAAAACCUUCACAAACUCCUCACUAGUUAUCAGCAUUGGUUUUGAGAGCUUAUCGUACAUCCUACAGAGCGAAAGCAACAGUACUUCAAAUUUUUCUACUGGAACUCACGUGAACAGUAUACUUCUGACAGUGACAACAAAUGAAAAUAAUAGCAUAAUUCAACCAAUGCUUACUUUUGAAAAGCAAAAUAAAUCACUGAAUAAUCUCUCAUGUGUGUUUUGGGAUUUAAAUUCAAUGAAAUGGAAUGAAUCAGGCUGUAGUGGAACUAGCUCCACAAAUUCCGCCAUUUGUGAUUGCCGUCACCUCACCUCAUUUUCCAUUCUAAUGUCAAUGAAUGUCCCACCUAAUGAUGAAGCACUGGAAUGGAUUACACAUAUCGGCCUGGGCAUUUCUAUGGGCAGUUUACUUCUCUGCCUCAUUAUUGAAAUACUGGUUUGGAAAAUUGUAACAAGAAACAAAACAUCAUAUAUGAGGCAUGUUUCUAUUGUUAACAUUGCUCUGUCUCUUCUUAUCGCAGACAUAUGGUUUAUUAUUGGUGGACAAGUUCAAAAUCAAAAACCUGCAUGUACAGCUGCAACUUUUUUUACUCAGUUCUUUUACCUUUCACUUUUUUUCUGGAUGUUUUUCAUGGGCCUGAUGCUGUUUUAUCGCCUUAUUCUGAUUUUUCAUGACAUGAGUCAGUCUACAAUGAUGUUAAUAGCAUUUAUGUUGGGUUAUGGGUGCCCGCUGGCCAUUACAGUUAUUACAGUCGCUAUUACUGAGCCAAACCGUAAUUUAUACACAGGAACAAAUGCUUGUUGGCUGAACUGGAAGGAGACAAAAGCAAUCCUCGCCUUUGUCAUACCUGCCUUUUUUAUCAUUGCUUCCAAUUUUAUUAUUCUCUUUGUAGUUAUAUCCAGAAUCCUGAAACCAUCAAUGGGAGACAGACACAGAUCACAAGAAAAAAAUACCAUGAUACAGGUUGCAAGAAGCAUUGCAAUUUUGACUCCACUCCUUGGCCUUACAUGGGGAUUUGGAAUAGCAAUUGUUGUUGGAAACUCACAUUAUACCUUUCACAUUAUCUUUACAGUUCUCAAUGCAUUCCAGGGCUUCUUUGUUUUGUUGUUUGGAACACUGAUGGAUAGCAAGGUACGUGAAGCUUUAAUGAAAAGAAUACCAUUACGGAACUGGAGUACACAAAAAACAAAGACUACGUUUUCUGCACCUUCAUCAGGACCAGUCUCAAGAGCAUUUGGCAUUUUCAAUAAAAGAGGAUUCUAUAGCUUUACAGACCCAUCUCAUCCUUCAAGUAGCAAUUAUUCUGAGUCCUAUUCUGUAUUAAACUAAAGAUGCCCAACAGAAAAUAGUGACCCAAUAAAAUGAAAGCAGCAUAAAAUGUCUUGCAAUGACUGUGAAUAACUAUAAUUUUAAAAGAAAUCAAUAUCGUCAAUCAUUAUUUAUCAUACUGGUGUUUAUCAUGAUAUGCAACAACCUGUUCUAAGUAGACUGAUAUCGUAUUUGCACCAUAUAUUUGAUAGUGAUGCAAAUUCUUUACAUCAAUUGCAUAUGCCAAUAAAUAUAAUAAAUAAGAGAAAUGUUCCCAUUUCUAAGUUCAGCAGAAGCUCUUUGUUUAAAAAAGUAUUCUGAAUGCAUAUAUAAUCUGUUAAGGUGAUUUGUUUCAGGAACAUUUUGGUUUGGUGGUUUGUAUUGAUAAGGGCUUUUAGUAUAAGCUACAAUGACAAAAA